GAGGAAUGAUUUUUUUCAGGUUUGAAAAUGGACUGAUUAAGGAGAGUGUAUGAGGGAUAUAAAAGUAGAAAAUACAACCCGGAUCCAUCAAUAUAUUUGUUUAUGCAGAGCCGCUCCGCUCAUCCUCCUGAGGUUCGGAGUAUACAUGAGGACGGGAAGAGAAGAGAACAGGACGUGGAUUUCAAGGAUGGAGAGUGUCAGGACGGAGAGAAUUUCUCCGCAAGAUCCAGCGGCUCAACGGGUUCAAUUAUCUUCUCAAUUGCUUUGAGAGCAGACUCAGGACGGGAAGGUAUCUCACGAGAUACUAAACGGAAACAAGAUUUAAAUUCUAGAUCCUCUAAACCUAGAAUACCGACGGUAUCCUCUCCGGUUGAGGAGAACACAGAGAAAAGGUUGGAGGAAGGGGAUUACUUUGAAACCAACCUUGUUGGUCUGAUCCCAGAGAACGGAUUUCUCCAGAUAUACCAGGAAUUGGAUACCUUGAGUCAAACCUCAACUGAGAUUCACAGCCUGAACCUCAACCUAACUUCUCCACCUCAAGAGGUUAACCAAGAGAGGAUUUCUUACUCGGAAAGUAACGAGGAGUCCUUUGAUUCUGGAAGUUUAGGUGUCGAGGACUCAUCAGUUUCCGAUCAUAAUAUUAUACAAACCUCUUUAAAAGAUCAACUUUCUGAACCUGAAUCAGAAACUAUCUCAGACCCAGAUCUCGCUGAAUUAGACGAACCCCAUAUUCCCGAGAAGGAAGAAACCGUAUUGCCUGAGAUAAAACAAGAAGAAGAAGAAGAGUUGCAAAACUUUGAUAUAAAUCAGAACCCUGAAAUCAAUCCUAGUGUUGGAACCAACCCGGAGCUCACAGUGCAGAGUCUUCCUGGAUCUAAAAACUACCCGGAGAAAAAUACGUUUAUUGAGAAAGUGGUAGAAGAGCGGAGCAAACCAGAUAUCUUAAACCAGAAAUCCAGACCUAUUAAGAACCAGAACCCUCAACAUUCCAGACCAAUUCAGAACCAGAAUCCUCAACAGUCAAGACCUAUUCCGAACCAGAACCCUCAACAUUCCAGACCUAUUCAGAACCAGAACCCUCAACAUUCCAGACCUAUUCCGAACCAGAACUCUCAACAAUCUAAACCUAUUCAGAACAAUAACUUGAAUUCAUCUUUAGGAAUUAAGGGACCUAUAGGAUCCAGCGGAGCAAGGUUACCAACGGGACCAACGGGACCUGGGAAACAAAGCGCUGUCUCAGACCGUAUUACGGAGCCACUAAACUCAAGAAUGAAUAUUGCAGCUGCCAAGUCCGGCCUGGAUUUUCAGGAAUUGGCCAGAGGAGGAGAGAGAAAUUAUUCCUGCUCCUAUCUAGUUAACAUUGACUGGGAUAUGCUCCAUCUCUCCAAACCUAACUCCAGGUAUAGUACUAUUAUCUGAAGUGGAUAAGUUGGA